AAUAGGAAUCGCCAACAUAAUAAAAAUACAUAACCUUAUUCUGAAGUGGUAUUUUCUGUUUCUGUAUUGGGAAAAUAUUUUUUAAAAUGAAUUUACAGAAACUAGCUUCAAAGUUGUUACCUUUAAGAGGUACAACAAAUCUCAUUCAAGUAUGUGCAUUCAAAAACUUCCCAGCCCCAGAGAACUAUGACCACAUUAGUAUUCCUGAUAGGCCUAAACUUAGGUUUAUGGACAAAGUGCCACAAUACCCACCAACUACUAAACCACCAAAGAUGCAGAAAAAGUUGCAUUUGAUGAGAGGUCCUGAAUUGAUACACAACAAAUUGGUUCACAAACAGUAUGGAAUAAUGGCUCUUGGAGGAGGUAGAUUAAGGUUUGGUCAUUUAGAAAUGUUGCGUUUGACUAUUGGUCGUAAAAUGGAUACGAAUCGCAUGUUCGCUGUUUGGAGGAUAGAUGCACCUUGGCAGCCAGUGACAAAGAAAGGCCAGGGCCAGAGGAUGGGUGGUGGAAAAGGAGCGAUCGACCAUUACGUAACGCCGGUGAAGGCAGGCAGGAUAAUUCUCGAAGUUGCUGGAAAAUGCGAAUACGCUGAGGUGAAGCGCUUCUUGGAAGAUUUAGCUAUGAAAAUGCCGUUCAAAGCAAUGGCAGUUUCUCAAGAGAUUUUAGACGAGAUGAAACUUAAAGAGGAAGAAGAGGAAAAAUGCAAUGUGAAUGAAUACACAAUGAAAUAUGUUAUUCAGAAUAACUUGGGUGGAUGUCAGAAAUGGCUCAGGCCCAAUGAUAUGAAAUACUUUGGCAAAUAUUUGUAAAUUAUAGAUGAAAUU